GGGGUCGGAGUUUCUUAUGUUGUCAAAUCAAAUUGAUGUGCAAACUGGAGAGCAGCCUCCUCGAACAGAAAGCGAGGCGGUAGCCUAUCGUCAUAUGAGCAGCAUCAGAGGAUAGACCACGGUCAUCAUAACCAGGACCAAGGACUGUCAUUCAUUCAGAGUUAAUACAUUGCAUUCAAAAAUAUUUUCAAAAUGCUGGCAUGCACAGAAAUGAUCACCAUAUGUCUUCAGUCUGCUAAACAUGACCACCACAGGAAACAGCAGCAGCUCCAGCAGAAGAACCAAAAUCAAGGAAUCUCUAUCUUUCAAGAUAUAUUUCGCCGUGCAGACAAAAAUGACGACGGCAAGCUAUCCCUGGAGGAGUUCCAGUCGUACUUUGCCGACGGUAUCCUCACCCCAGAGCAGAUGCAGGAGCUGUUCUACUCAAUUGACAGGCAGCAGACUGACAACCUAGACACAGACAAACUCUCAGAAUACUUCUCUCCACACCUGGGGGAAUAUCUGAACGUCCUUUCUGCUCUGGAGAAGCUGAACGUCGCCAUCCUGAAGGCCAUGGACAAAACUAAAGAGGAGUACCAGGGCUCGUCGGUGUUGGGACAGUUUGUGACACGCUUCCUUCUGCGAGAGACCAACACCCAGCUGCAGUCCCUGCAGUCGUCAUUAGACUGCGCUAUGGAGGCUGUGGAUGAGCAGAGCUGCACUGGCAGGAAGAUGAUAAAGAAGCCAGAGGAUCUUUCCCUCCAGAAAAUCGCCAAACGCCCAGGCCGUCGCAUCCAAAAGAACCUGUGUCUCUCCCCCACAGACCCUUACUCUGGCAUGCUCACUACAGGUGUCAGUGUGGAGCCAGACAACCACCACUGGAGCUCCCAGGUCAACCGCCUGCAGCAGCUUAUAGACAAGCUGGAGUAUGAGAGUCCACAUCUGGAACCACUCAAAGAGGACACUUUAGCCGGAACGUAUAACUCGAACAUCCUGCUGGUGCAGAGACAGAUGUCUGUGAAGGACAAAGACGCAGAGGAGUUCCAGCAGGCUCUGAAGAUCUACACAGAUGCCACAGCCUGCCAGACUAGCAAUCUGCAUGUGUCUGUCCAGACUCUUCCAGAGAGAUCCUGCUUCAUCAUGUACGAGUUCUGGCAAGACCGUCUCUCCUGGAUGAGUUACCUGCAGUCCCCCAUCAGCAAGACAUUCCAGCGCUGCAUCAUUGACGUACUGGAGGACCCUGAAAUGGUUGCCACCAUGCUCCUCCCAGCAUCUUGGUGGAUUAUGAAUAACAACUGACAGAAGUAAAGUUCCCAUUGAAACCAUGAUAUUCAAAACAAUAAGAAGAGAGUGUUUUAUUCUUAAAUUUGACUGUUUCUACUGAUAUGCUUUGCUUCCUUUGUUUACCCCAGCAUACUAAUGACUAUUUCCUAGACAAUAUGCUGUGUGUUUGCUGUACUGUCAUAAUUUGAGAUGAAUUUAUGCAUGACUUAACUAUGCCUGUUUAGUUAAAUCAGUCCAAAAACAUAAUGCAUUAGAGAGAGAAAGCGUUUUGAAAUAUUGCAAUAACUAUUGUGUUAUUGAAAUCCAUAUCAUUAUAAUAAGUAUUUUUUGCUGUGCAUCUUUCAAUACAUUGACAUGUCUUGUAUGAGUUUAGAUGUACAAAUAGAUGUACAAGAACAAAAAUAUUUGCAUGAAUUUGAAUGAUUUCCCAAUGCUACUUUGUUACUAGCUUCGAAAUAGACAUUGCUUACUAGUAAGCUAAUUGAUAGCACAUUGCUUUAACAUUCCAUUAUGUACUUUUUUAGUUACCUCAAAUGCGUAUACAUAUUGAUCAAGGUCUAUGGUCAUUCAGUACUCACAUUCCAACUAAAAUAACAGCAGGUUACUAACUACAGAGGUAGAGUUUACCAGUGUCCAAUUGUUCUACCUGUUGUAUUGUGCAAUGUUGAACCCUAGCUCAUAAAAAAAGAGUAAAAUAACAAAGUACCACUACAGUGAUUUCCAAUGUGCUUCUUAGAUAUAAUGUUGUCACAGAUCGGUUGGUUCACACCCAACCCUGAAUUGGAUAAACCAUAUCGUAUUUAUACUUAGUGUAUGUCACUCAUGCACUUUAGUUGUGAAUGGAGCUAUAUUUUUCCGAUGCUAUGGAUGUGAAUGGAUAAGUAUAUGGACGGAUAACAUGGUAGGUUUUCAGUCACUUUACCAAAUUUGUAAUAUUAAUAAUGUAAUAAUAUUUAAUGUCGCACUCCAGUCUCCGAUUCAUCUCGUUUAUCACCUGAUUUACUUAACAAAGGCACAUCUCAAUAGGUGGUCCAGAUAUCCUCAUUACAUGGUACAAGUGGGGGGGGUGGGCCUUUCUUCUUUUGUUCUCUAUUGCUCCUCUAUUGUUCCCGUAAGCAAGGGGGAGGCCGAUGACAUCAGAAGGCUCCAUAAGACCAACUCCUUGAAUGGCCUACUUAAUGAAGUUUGCACAUGUAUCUGAAAAACACAAUUUUGCUCAAAACAUAUUUUUCGACCCUUACGUGUUUCUACAUUACUGUGUUCAUAUGUGGGAGAUUGUUUUUCAACAGGAAAUGUUAAAACGUUUGGAGUGGAUCUUUAAUAUGCUAUAUUAAAUAUUUAAUAUUAUUGAAAUAUCAAUUCAAAGGGCUGAACCUGCACUGCUAUCCCUCAGCUUAAACAAAUGAAUGCCGUCAACAUUAUUAUCCAGCAUUAUUUAUGGGAGUAUUUAUUUAUGGGAGUAUUUGUUUAUGGGAGUAUUUGUUUUCUGUGUUGAAAAAAAAAGAUGCAACCAACAUUAUGUGUGCAGAACAAACAAACCCACAUUGUAUUUUUUGAAUAGUUUAUCCCUGUUAGUAUGAGAGUAAUCACUUAUGGAUAGAAUACAAGUCUGAGAAUCUUAAUGAAACUGAAGGUAAUUCACAUAUUGUUAAAGAUUAUUAGUAGAUAUUUUGUGAUUUGAGUGUUGAUCAUGUCAAAUGGGGAUGAAAUAGUCAUGUCCAAUUGAGGAUGAAUGAAUAUGUCCUAGCUCUUCUGUACUGUAGUUGUUCUUCAGUCAUCCAACAUUUGAAAUCAAUGUUAAAAUAAUUAUGUGGAUGCUAUGUUUUUUUUGUUGGCAUGAAUUAAAGCUAAUGACUUGA